AUGGAGAGAUAAUAAGUUCUUUAAAGAAUAGGUUUAGUCAAUCUAUUUCCAACAAAUAAUCAACAAGAUUACCAGAUAUUAACAUAAAGAACAAAAGAGCUGGCAGCUCUUCUAUUAUAAGAAAAGGCAAGACUUAAAAUAACAUAUCCAAUAGGUAAUAAGAAGGUAGUCUAAGCAACUCACCUAGCUAAAAGUAACCAGUUCAGCAGAGCUGAAACACUGUGGAGUCUAAGGCUGAACGAUGAAUAAGAUAAGGAGAUUAUAGACUAACUUUCCCAACUCUACUAGGAUGAAAUUGAAAGAUCAAAAGUGAUUUUGAAAAGACUUGAGUAUUCAGAGAAAAAGAGACAACUAGAACUCAUUGCUAAGCAAGAAGUACUGAGGACUAAAAUGGAAGUUGAAAUACUCUUAGUGAUUGAGAAGCAAAAGCUCUAAGCAUUCUUAGAGGGCAAGGCAUCGGUUUAUCUAAAAUAAAGAAUUGAAGAUCUGGAGUUGCAAGUCAAGGAACUCAACAAAUCCAUUAAGGACUAAAAGGCUGUAAAUAGAAGUUUUUAGAAGAAAAUAGAUAUUUUGAAUCAAACUCUAGAAUCGAAAAAGAAGAAAUUCAAAGAUAGACUUGACUAGUAAAGAUAGUUUCACUAAGCCAAAUAGGAUAAGUUUAAGUUACUUCAAACUGAAUAUAAGCUGCAAAAGCAGGAAUUCGAAAAUGAGAUCAAGCAUUGGAAGUCUUAGUAUGAGAAAAAGAUUCAUCACGAGGCUGAGUAAAGGGUUGAAGAGUCAUUGAGAAGAAUAAAUGAGAUAAAAAGAAGAUGCAAAGACUUUGAAGAUAUGUACAUAAAGCUGCUUUACGAGUAAAAGCAAUUGAAAAAAGACUUGGAAAUCAAAGACUCCAAGAUAAAAUACAUAGAAGAUGAUUUAAAAGAGGCUCUCAAGGUUAAUGAUGAAGAUUUUGAUUAGAAGUUACUCAAAGAAAAAAAGAAGGUGGAGCAGAGUUUUGAGAAAUAGAUUGAACUCAAGUAGAAGAUAUCUGACUUGCAGGUUGAAAUAGAAAUUUUGAGCUCGUAGCUCUAAAAUAAAUAAUAAGCAGGAAGAAAAAAAUUGGAGGAGCAGAACAUAAACUUGCAAGCAGUCAUAGAGCAGAUAAGAGGAGAGAAGGAGUUAUUGUAACAGCAAAAUACUGGGAUAGUUAACACAAAUUAAAGACUUUAAAAUAGUUAGAGGGAGAUGGAGAUUAUUGUGUAGAAGUUCGAUUAUAUAAAUGAGAUAUAGUAGGAAGAAAGAGUUAAAGAUUGGAUUUAGGAUUUGAGAAAUUAGCUUAAGAUUGAUUAGGCUAAUAUAGACUCUGAUUGA